UGAUUCCCAAAUCAUGGCUGCUUGGGCAUGGUAAUCUGAGUGAUCUAUAUUUGAAAAACUGGGAAGGCCAGGUUUGGUGACAUCUCUUUUAAAUAACAUGGAACAGCUACAUAAGGAUUUCUGUCACUCUUCUGUGAACUCUUCAAACAACCCAACCUACUUAGUGUCAAGUUACUCUUCUUCAGGAAAGAGACAGAACCUUGCCUGUUUCCUCACAAACCCACACUAUGGCAGCCUGAUUAAUGCAGAUGGUCACGGUGAAGUGUGGACAGACUGGAAUAAUAUGUCCAAGUUUUCUCAGUAUGGAUGGAGAUGCACCACUAAUGAGAAUUCCUAUUCGAACCGUACCCUAAUGGGCAACUGGAACCAAGAAAGAUAUGACCUAAGGAAUAUUGUGCAGCCCAAACCCUUGCCUUCCCAGUUUGGGCACUACUUUGAAACAACAUAUGAUGCAAGUUACAACAACAAAAUGCCAAUUUCAACCCAUAGAUUUAAGCGAGAGCCUCACUGGUUCCCAGGACAUCAACCAGAACUGGAUCCUUCUCAAAACAAAUGCACAGAAAAGUCAACUUAUAUGACUAGCUAUUCAAAACCUCAAAUUGAGCAUCACCCUGCUUGUGUAUGGGAUCCUAAUAUUGACCAAUUUCGGGGACCAGGAUUCUAAGAAAGAAUAAGAAGCUUAAUUUUUCCAGAGUAGAAUGUAUUAGGGAGCACAUUCUAAGCAUAACUAAAAAUUUAGCUCACUGUAACACAUUUAACUGUCUGAAUAAAUGAAGCAAAAAACAC